AUGGAACCACCCCACGACUCGAAACGGGAAGCCAGCAUCCUCAGCCUCGCAGCCUCAGACCGCAUCAUCCCGCUAUUGGACACUUUCCGUGAGAACGGAAGUCAGUUUGUCCUCGUCUUUCCUUUUAUGCGCUACGACUUUAGUGAUCUGCUAGGUGACAAGAAGCUGUCAAAGAGUCAAAUCAAGGCGUGCAUCAAGGACCUCUUUACUGGCCUAACCUUCAUUCACAGCAAAGGCAUUAUUCAUCGCGACGUCAAACCUUCCAACAUUCUUCUCAAGUCUCUAGACGGCCCUGCAUAUCUGUCUGAUUUUGGCAUUGCUUGGGCGCCUGGAGUGCCGGGCGCAGAACCGGCAGACUCGAAAAUCACCGACGUUGGCACCACCUGCUACCGCCCCCCAGAACUUUUGUUUGGUAAUCAAAAGUAUGAUUGUAGCCUGGACCUAUGGGCUGCUGGCUGCACGGUGGCGGAAGCACUCACUCCUGGCCACGAGACACUGUUCGAUUCUGGGGAGUUGGGAAGUGACUUGGCGUUGAUCCAAAGCGUGUUUAAGAAGCUGGGAACACCAAAUUUGGAUGUUUGGCCAGAAGCAGCAGGUUUCCGCGACUGGGGCAAGGUGCAGUUCUACGAGUACCCAGCAAAAGAGUGGUCUCAGUUGUUACCUGACCUCUCUGAAGCAGAACGCGACCUUUUGCAACCCCACACGUCGUCGCCGCUAUCCCACAUCGACCCUCGUCCUGGAAAGCCUGGCAGACCGCUCAACAUGGCUUUCCUCUUCCGGAACAAACAGAAGAACAAUCUUGAGUUGACGAGGUCAAUCAAGGAGCUCACACUGCGGCUUGGGCAGGAGGACAAGCCCAAUCCCAAGCUGGAGGAGGGUCUUGCGCUCGACCUGCAGCAGAUGAAAGUCCGGCUUCAGGGCACGCCUGAUACCGAAGUCAACCCAGAGGCCGUCUUCCAGCUCCUCACAAACAUACUCAACGAAGACCUGCUCUACGCCCUAGCUAUCAACAUACACAAGCUCCCGUUCGAGUCGCGAAAGGACGCACAAGUCAUCUUCUCAACCGCAUUCCGCUACAAGCCCGCCGGCCAGCCAACCCCGCAAGUCUUGGAGCAUGUUGUCGCAUACAGGCCGGAUAUCAUAAUAGCACUCUGUCGGGGCUACGACAGGCGAGAGAGUGCCAUGCCAUGUGGCGGAAUUCUGCGCGAGGCACUUAAAUAUGAUGCAAUUGCUGCGCUGCUUCUCUACGACGAGCCGAUGGAGGACGGAAAGACACUUGACCUGGGCAGUGUCAACCCCGAUCUACCAUCAUCCGGCAACGGCGUGUUCUGGAAGUUCUUUGGAUGGAUAGACAAAGGUGCAUUUGAAGUCAGCGCAGACGCAUUCAAUACGUUCAGGGAAAUUCUUACCAAACAUAAACCAUUGGUAGCCACAUUCCUGCAGACCAAUUUUGACGCUUUUUUCUCAAAGUACAACACAAUGUUGGUUCAGUCGGAAAGCUAUGUAACAAAGCGUCAGUCGAUCAAGCUGCUGGGCGAGAUUCUGCUGGACCGGGCCAACUAUAAUGUCAUGACGCAAUAUGUCGACUCUGGCGAGCAUCUCAAGAUCAUCAUGAAGCUAUUGCGAGACGACAGGAAAAUGAUCAACUACGAGGGUUUCCACGUCUUCAAGGUUUUUGUUGCCAACCCCAACAAGUCAGUCGCAGUGCAGCGCAUCUUGAUUAGCAAUCGGGAUAAGCUGCUGCGCUUCCUUCCUUCGUUCCUGGAAGACCGAACAGAAGACGAGCAGUUUAUCGACGAGAAGAGCUUCUUGAUCCGUCAGAUUGAGCAGCUGCCGCCAGCGCCAGUUGUGCCGCCUGCAGCCAUAUAG